CGCAGGGCACCUUCCUGGGGCUCCUGGGAACUGCUGCGGGGCAGUGCAGAAAGGAUGGUGUGGUGGUAGUGGUGUCAGCUCUGUCUAGAUGGCGACUGCUGCUGAAGCGCGACCCUGCUCCGUGUAGCGGUGGAGAUAAAGCCGGCCACCCCAGAUCUAAUCCGAGCGCGCAAGACGGGAGGAACCGGCGCUGCUUCAGUGGCGAGGAUGGAUCAGUCAGUGCCAACCAGUCCUAAGGAGGGCUACUGCCCCAGCCUGAGAGCAGGCAUACCCCGCCCGCAGGAGCCCCCUGGCCUGAGCGGAAGAACAUGGGGGGCUCUGGCGUCUGCAGCCUGAGAGUGGAAACCGAUCAGUGGUUUCCUGAGGGGAAGACACAACCCCAGCCUCAGGAACCCUUAUUCUGAGUUUAGGAGCCACAUUCCUGCUCUCAGGGGACCCAAAGCGGAUUUCUUCAAGCCGGGGCCCGAGAACUUCUCGGUGGGACACAGCCGGCCCCGAGCGGGGGAAGGCGGGCGCAGACUAGUCCCAACUCGGAAACACCAAGCAGCAGAGCGGGGCGGGAGCGGUUAGGCUUUCUGUCGCAGGCCAGGUGGGCUCCUUGGGCCCCGGGGGCGCAGGGGACGGGGUGCUAGGGGUCAAUGCCGGGGCCCUUUGCCGCCAGCUGCCCCCUCCCCCUUCCCUGCGGGCUUUUGCACACGACGCGCCGUUUCACACGGGGUAGCGGGGACCGGAUAAAGCCAGCGGGAGCGGGGCGCCACGGCUGGCGUAGUGGGGGCAGCAGCGGUAGCGACAGCGGGACGACCCCUCGGCGGCCUCGGCACUGCCAGGCGGGAGCGAACUCGCGGCAGAGCGGGCGGGCGAGGGGCGCACGCGCCGGGGCGGCGGGAAAGGCGCGCAGGGCCCUCCCGGCAGGUGAGUGCGCGCCGCGGAGCGUCCCGCGCGCAAGUUCCAGGGAGCACACGGCAGGGCGCGCGGGACCGCAUGGAGGCCACCGAGAGGAAGCAUCUGUUGGACGCCAGGCUUGGAGCCGGGUCUUACAGAUCUCUGUGGCAGGAUGGGGCUGGCUGGAUCCCUCUGUCUUCACCUGGCCUGGACUUGCAGCCCAUUGAGCUGGCUACCAAGAGCAACCAUUACUGUCAUGCCCAGACGAGUCCUGGCAGUCACUGCAACCCCAAGAAGAAGAGGGCCUGGCGCCAGCUCUGUGUGGCCUGUGCCUUCUGCCUGUUGUUCAUGAUUGGGGAAGUCAUUGGUGGGUACCUGGCACAUAGUUUGGCGAUCAUGACAGACGCAGCCCACCUGCUCACUGACUUUGCCAGCAUGCUCAUCAGCCUCUUCUCCCUGUGGAUGUCUUCCCGGCCAGCCACCAAGACCAUGAACUUCGGCUGGCAGCGAGCUGAGAUCCUGGGCGCCCUGCUCUCUGUGCUGUCCAUCUGGGUCGUGACUGGAGUACUGGUGUACCUGGCAGUGGAACGGCUGAUCUCUGGGGACUAUGAGAUCGAGGAGGGGACCAUGCUGAUCACGUCGGGCUGUGCUGUGGUCGUGAACAUCAUAAUGGGGUUGAUUCUUCACCAGUCUGGCCACGGACACAGCCAUGGCCAUGAGCACAGCCACGACACCAGCCAGCAGCAGGAGAACCCCAGUGUCCGAGCUGCCUUUAUCCAUGUGGUUGGAGACUUUCUGCAGAGCUUGGGCGUUUUAGUGGCAGCCUUUAUUUUAUACUUCAAGCCAGAGUACAAGUUUAUAGACCCCAUCUGCACCUUCCUCUUCUCCAUCCUCGUCCUGGGGACAACCUUGACCAUCCUGAGAGAUGUGAUCCUGGUGCUGAUGGAAGGGACCCCCAGGGGCAUGGACUUCACGGCCGUGCGGGAUCUGCUGCUGUCGGUGGAGGGGGUGGAAGCCCUGCACAGCCUGCAUAUCUGGGCGCUGACUGUGGCCCAGCCUAUCCUGUCUGUCCACGUCGCCAUCGCUGGGAACGCAGACGCCCAGGCUGUGCUGAAGGCAGCCAGUGCCCGCCUGCAGGGGAAGUUCCACUUCCACACCAUGACCAUCCAGAUAGAGGACUACUCUGAGGACAUGAAGGACUGUCAGUCAUGCCAGGGUCCCUCGGACUGAUUGCCUGGCCAGGCGCCAACUGGGGCAUGGACAGGCCUGCAGACGGCUGGGCUGAGUGUCCCCCAGGCCCAGCCAGGGCUCUGCCUACCCCAGGUGGGUUAUAAACCAGGGCCCUCUCCUGACUCCAUGUUCAGUGUGGAGGAGGCUCGUCCCACUCCAGGAACGGGCUCUUCCCCGUCUCCCCCAUCUGACUACUGCCAGCCCCAGGAUGGGAACUCGGCAGGUGUAAAGCUGGUGUGACCCCGCUCUUCCAGCUCCCGGUGGGGCAGGGUUUGGGCCUCAUCCUCAGCUAAUGCCGCCCUACCACUAGCCUCUGGAAAGGCAGUGGGGCAUAGUGAGGGGUGAUAGAGGGGAGACUCAUUGUCCCCUCACCUACCUGCCUCAUUUCCCAUUUUCAGUCUGUCUGGCCUUUGCCUUAUGAAUCUGUAAAGAAGCCCUGGGACAGAGCCCCCUUCCUCUGCCUCUAACAAUACGCUACAAGGAGGCCAUGGGGGUUGGGGAGUGGUGAGGACUCUGCACACUCAUACGGGUCCCCCCUGAGAUGGGGAGCCAGGGGGCAUCUGAGGCUGAUCUGUGCCUGAGUCAUUUCACUGAGAGCCAAAUGUUUCCUUUUCCUGGAGGUAGGGGGCUUCUGACUAGGUAAGGACCCGCUGGUUUCCUCUUUUCUUAUCCCCACCCCGCCUCGCCAACGCCCAGGAAGCUGUGCCAACACAAAGGUGUCCUCGCGGGAGGGGUGGAGGUGGGCAGAGAUUUCAGCUUGGGUCCCCCCCAAACAGCCCCACAGGCCCCGGGCCACUCCUCUUGCCCUGAUUGUGUCCCGGGGUCGAGGAGCCUGACACUGGGUAUGGUUGGGCCAGCUCUGUUGCCGGUAUGGCCUGGCCUGCUCAAAACUUGGGGAUGGAGGAAAAAGAGGGUACAACCUGAACAGGAGCCCCUGGCUUCCUGAGGUGUGUGUGAAGAUUCCUGAAUUAGGAGGUGGGUUGUAUUUCCAAGAUGAAGCCAGGGGACCUGUCCCCAGUGUCACAGAGGAGGCAGCAUGCCCAGUCAUCAGGUGGCUCUGAUCUAGUGGUCUGUCUCUGCCCUUAGGCAGGUCAGCGUCUCUCUCGUCUGCGGACUAAGAAUGUUGACACCUACCUCACAGGGUUGUUGUGAGGACUGGGACCAAAGUCAGCUGAGCACAUGGUGGCUGUGGAAGAGUGGGUACUUUUAGCAUCAUUCUGGAAGGAUGGCCUGAGGGGCCAGGUGGGCUUCCCAGCCUCAGGGGGCAGCACUGGGUUUGUCCUGACUCUGUCCUGACCCACAGCGGGAGGAGGAGGGGUUGGUCACUCGCCUUCCCCUCUGAGCCUCUCUCUUCCCAUCUGUGAAACGACCUGUUUGUGCCUUUCCAGCACUGUCAUCCGGGGUUGGCUGUGAUCUAGGUUUGAGGGUUCUUCGGCCCCUUCAAAUCUGUGGGAAGUUGUGCUGGCUUGGAAGAGUGUGUGUGUGUGUGUGUGAGACCGCUGGUGGAGCUCCACUCCACCCCAAUCUUGGGAAUCAAAUUCCUCCCUCCCCCCAGCCAUGGCAGGCUGCAGGAACCUGGAUCCUGGGCUUUGCUAUAUUCCAAGUCCUUACACACCUCUCAAGAGACAGUCAUUGCUGUCCUCCAUUUUUACAGAUGAGAAAACUGAGGCUCAGAGAGGUUGAGUCACUUGCCCAAAGUCACACAGCCCGAGGCCUCCCCCUACAGCAGGGGCUGGGGACCUGCUCUGGGCUGCAUAUUGGUACAGUAUGAGCCACUGGGCCUGGCAGCCCACAAGCAAGGCCAUGCCAAGGUAGUUCAGUGUUCUGGGUGCUGCAACUGUGAGUGGGGAGGGAAAAGGUGUCUCUUUCCCCCAGCUGGGCCUGGCACUUGGAGUCCUCCCCACCCUGGAAAGGCUGCCUGGGUUGCAGCUGUGUGCUUCCUCAACAACUGUCCUUGAAUCAGGGCCAGACUGUCUCCCCUCCCCUUAAAGUCCCAGUCCCCCCUCCAUCUCAAGAAUACAGUAGCCCCACGCCUCCCCAAAGAGAGCCUUCUCUGCAUCCCACGCUGUGACUGGCUCUGGGGAUGACCUGAGUCAUCCAGGGGCCAGAGGUCAAACUGGAGGAUGGACGUCGGAGGCCUUGGGGACACCAUGUUCUGGCCAGCGAGCUAGUCACUAGUCACGGGAGUUUCCAAAGCUGCGAGGCCAUCGAAGCAGAAAAACACCGGAUACCCUGGACCUGGUUUGGACCCACCAUCCCCAUUCCUCUAGAGUGGCCCCAUCCCAGGCGAGACCUGAGUCCCCCUCCCCCCGCGCAGCUGCUGUAGAGGUAUUUAUAGCCUGAGCAAAGGGGCAAAGACACGCGCUUUAUUUCGGAAGUGAUCAUUCCAGUUCCAGGUAGGUGAACUCAGGAGAACCCAGCGUCCCCUCCCCCUCUCCACUCUCACCACCAGGGCGCUCGGGACCGCCCUUGCUCCCACACAGCCCACCGAGAAAUGGCCCCUUCUUAGUCUUAAGUGUGUGGGCCAACCAGUUUUCCGACUUCAAGCUGCGCACCACCAAUCUCGACGUCCCUGCUCCCCCUAAUCCCACCCGUUGGGCGUUUCGAGCUUCCUUCCCUUUCCGCGGGGAGGGAGCGCGGCGCGGUGCUGACCACUAGUGGUCCAGGCUGGUAAUGCAGAACGACGGCAGUGCCUGAGACGAGGGGCCCGGGCCCGGCAGGGCCACCGGCGUUCCCAUACCACCCCCAACUGUGCUCCGCCGGGUCGGGAAGGGAGCCCCGAAACUGGCUCCCCGGGACUUCUCUGCUCUAUUCUUGGGGCGCGAGGACUGCGCCCAGGAUUCUGCGAGAAGAACCCAGGAUUCUGCGAGAAGCUGCUUUCCGGCCGGACUAAAAACCCGGGGGUGGGUGGGAGGUGCAGUUUUGUGUCUCACUCCGCACACCCUGUCCACACCCCCGCCACUGUCGCCACAGAGCCAGGCAUGUAGUUAUGUCUCCUCCAUCUAUCUGUUCGUCAGAUAUUUGUGGCGUACCUGCCAGGCCAGAGAGACGAGGACACGGCCCUGCCCUCCCGGGACUCCCGUGUCAGUCCUGGGGCCUGACGGUGUACCAUGCGAGGCAGCAUGAAUAGCGUCGGGACUAAGGGACACACCCGGCUGUGAAAGCGCAGAGGAUCCGGGGCGGGGGUGGGGGUCAGGCAGGUUCGUGGAGGAGGCGAGGAUCUGAAAGAGAAGUAGAUGUCAGCUCGGCAGAGAAGCCAAGAAAGGCAUUCCAGGCAAGGGGUCUGCGAAGGCAGAGGAAGGGCCCCCAGAGCCAGCGACGUGAACGUGGGAACUGCCACUAGCGGCUAGGCUGUGGGGUGGGGGGCGAGGCGGUGGUUGGCCAAUCGGGUACUGCCGUGCUGGCUAAAUGGCAGCCUUGAUUGGGUCUCCAGAUACCGCAAGGGAGGAGGCGGAGCCUCCCCCCUCUCCCGAGGCAGUUGGCAGCGACCCCUGGGGUCUCAGCGAGUCCCUCCUAGGGCUUCUCCAGGCUGCGAUACUUCUUACGCAGCACGGACACCGGGUCCUUGAAGAGCACUGGGUCCAGACGGAGGCGAGAAGAUACCAGGGGCAUGUGGCCGAACCCUGCCGCCAUCUGGUUGAUGCAGUUCUGGGCUGCGGGCUGCGGCUCCUGCCUGAGCCCCGGACCCCCAGGCUCCUAAGGGGGGCGGGGAGAAAUGCGUUGGAGGGCUUCUCUGUCCUCGGAACCCCACCCUACCCCCGCCUCGUGCAGCAAAAAGGGUUAGAGUUAGAACGGGAAUCCCUUCCCCAGCUGGGGCCCUCCCAGUGCCGACCACCCCCCUAGAUCCUCACCAGUGGAGGAGGUCUGGCCUCCUGAUGCCACAUCCCAUAGGGCACCUUGAUAGGGGGCAACUUGGUGACGGAUGCUACUAGGAAGUUCAUCAGGACAUCCACACAGGUGGGUGCCUCAUCUGCCAGGGUCCUCAGAGCCUUGGGCAGGGAGUGGGUGAAGAGGGUGUGGUAAUACCUGGGUAAGGAGGGAGGAGCGGGAGAGGCUGCAGCCGAAUUCACCCCCCGCCAGGCCCCAUUCUUCUCCCUCCUGACCUUACUCUCCCUUUGACCCCAAUUCCUAAGCUUCUUGGGAAAGUCCUGCUCCCUUUUCUGCUGAGCCUUGGCUGCCUCAGAGAGCUCCCACCCCAAGUAUGCACCACUCUCCACUACUCUGUGCUCUGUGGCUUGUCUGCAGCCAACGGUGAACUCCCUGCCCCCUCCCUCACAGCUCCUUGGGACCCCCUUCCCUGGGCUCUGAAGUCUGAACCCAGAGCCAGAAUGAGGGGAGGAUCAGCUAGUUCCAAGGCCAUCAAACAUGGCAGGCCAAAGGCCAGCUUCAGGACGGCUGUGGAUUCACCCACCCCCAAAUCCAAACACUGUCCCUAUCCUCUGCAUGGCUCUACUUAAAAUACAACUAGCUGCCAUCUGUUGA